CGCCACCAUUGCUCGCUGCUCUCGAUUUUCUCUGUCCCUCUAUCUACAUAGCCAUCCCUCUCUUCCAUCAAAGCGGGCUGAUUAUCUUGCUAGCUUGCAACGAUCCCAGAAACGGGCGAAGAAGAAGAAAAAGCGGAAUUCACAAAUGACAAUCGACUCUCAAACCAAUACCCCCUCUGAUAGUCAAAACCGGGACCUUUCCGGUGACAUUCCUGCUGCCACUACCUCCGACGAGGUCCGAACUUCCGACAACGGUGCUAGUGUGUCGCACUCAUCUUCGAAAACUGGUGGUGCCUCCGGCGGUCCCUCAGUCGGGGUGAAGCUAGCCGCACAAGGUAUGAUUGAUCUAUCCUCUCCCUUAGCCAUAUCUGACAUAGAGUGGGAUUUAGAAAAUGUUAAUCUAGUGAGCGGUUACGAGAAUACUGGUGAACUUAGGGUGAUUUUAGACCAUCUUGAUUUUAGCAUUUUAGGGUUAAAUGGAAAUGCUUUUGAGGACACGGGCGUCUCUUUAGCUUUGCGGUGUGCCACCUCCGCUGUUGGCGAUAAUCUGUGUGACUUCCGGUUUUCUCAGUUAGAAAGUGAGUUCGAUCGGGGCCCUCAUGUGGUUACUCUGUCCUCAGAUAGCACCAGCAGAGUGCGCAGUGGAUCUGAAGACUCUGGCAAUGGCGCUGCAAAUUCUCCCUCGCUGACCAUCUCUGGGGGCUCGUCUGUGGCGCCCUUUCAAGCGGUUGCGGACGAUAUGUACCGUGUGCGUCUGCACGAAGAUAUGUGGUAGGACGAGGAGAUUCUUGAGUCGAUAUACCAAUAGGGACCGCCUAACAAUGUCGCUUAUAGUCCCUCCCAGGUUCUGCAUUACUAAGGAACCAUGGACUUCCGCCUGAGUGGGAGUAUGCGACUCUCUCUCCUAUCGGGCGCUCUAGCUCCUGCCCCGGCUGGUGGAUUGCGGUUCAUAUUGAACAUAUUUGGAUGGGACUUCGAUUCUCGCUGGAUCUAAUUCUGACUAACACUCUGCUAUUCCUUAACUGUAUAAUAGGCUGCCUCUCUCCUAGAAUAAUAUUUCAUUCCAUUG